UGUUGGAGAAACUCGUCGUAAGAACGCCGAAGAACAUAAGACCAUUUCACAAGACCUCUUCACAGAAACGUCGGAAAAACAUAAGAAUGACAAGCUUAAAUCUAAAGAUGACAUCAACGAUGAUGUUACUAUAAAAAAAAGUUUAGUAAGCGAAGAAAUUCUACAGAUUCAUGUAUUGAUCUAUAUACUGCAUAAAUUGAUAUCUAUAUGGG